AUACUCCGCCCGCGUGGGCUUCCAUGUGAUACAACAAUAUAGGAAAAUUUCCCGCGCGAUAUUGCAUUGUCCCGAGUUCAGUCGCGCUAAAACAUCAAACCCUGGAGAUGGCAAGCAUACUGGAUGUCCCGAAACCAAGAAUAAACUGCUCCAUGCUAUCGCAGCACAUAAGCAGACCGGUCUGUUUCGUUGGACGUGUUGAAAAGGUACACCCAACAGGAAAAUCGUUCACCGUCUCGGAUGGAGAAGGAAAGACUGCAACAGUUGAACUUAACGAACCUUACACAUGUCCCAAGUCCCAGUUCCCAUCCCAGACAGCCACAGAUCAGGUGUGAGCCCACCACAUCCAGGUCUCUCCAAUCCCAUGGAGG